GCAUAGUUUCAGAGGUAGAUUACAGCCCGCUGUGCCUUCCCUCUCAGGUGGCCCUGGUGCAGUGGACCGAGAGCGUGGGCUUGACGCUGGUGGGCAGAGACCAGUCCUCCAUGCAGCUGAGGACACCGGGUGGCCACAUCCUGAACUUCACCAUCCUCCAGAUCUUCCCCUUCACUUACGAGAGCAAACGCAUGGGAAUAAUCGUCCGGGAUGAGUCAACGGGAGAGAUCACCUUCUACAUGAAGGGAGCAGACGUGGUGAUGGCUGGGAUCGUGCAGUACAACGACUGGCUGGAAGAGGAGUGUGGUAACAUGGCUAGGGAAGGCCUGAGGGUUCUUGUUGUAGCCAAGAAGUCUCUCACUGAAGAGCAGUAUCAAGACUUUGAAGCACGGUACGUCCAGGCAAAGCUCAGCGUGCACGACCGCUCGCUGAAAGUGGCCACGGUCAUCGAGAGCCUGGAGAUGGAGAUGGAGCUGCUGUGUCUCACCGGUGUGGAGGACCAGCUGCAGGCAGACGUCCGGCCCACUCUGGAGACGCUGAGGAAUGCUGGCAUUAAGGUCUGCCUAACCCAGCCCUGGCAGGAGCACCUGGCCCCUCUGAGUCUGCUGUCCUGCAGGCAGAGAAUGGGAACGGUUUGGGGUUGUGCUGGAGUAAAUUUUUGAGUGGGUGCCUUUUGUGAGCCAGACCAAUGAUGUGUUUGUGCACAACUUUAGGCGAAGAACAUUCUGGAAGUGGGGGCUGC